AUGGAACCAAUAACACGCGCCUCAGUCCAAACAAUUCCGCUAGCCUAUGCGUCCUGCUCAAUCGGCAGCUCCAGUGACACACUCCCCCGCAAACUUGAAGCAAUUAGCAAAGCCGGAUUCACCUCGAUCGAGCUUUCAUUCCCCGAUAUUCUAGAAUAUGCAGAGCAUCUACGAGGUAAACCAAUAUCAUCCGAUAGCUUUUCCGAACUUGUCAAUGUUUCCAACGCGAUCCGGGAUCUCUGCGAGGCCAAUUCCUUAACCAUUAUGAUGCUACAACCAUUCGCGAAUUUCGAGGGCUGGCCGCGAGGGACAAUGGAAAGGGAAAAGGCCUUUUCGAGAGCGAGGGGCUGGAUAAACAUUAUGAAGGUUCUCGGGACAGAUAUGCUGCAGGUCGGAGCUACGGAUACACCAUCUGAUAGGAUAUCAACCACCCGUGAAGCAGUCGUUUCCGACCUCCGUGAACUAGCGGACAUGCUAGCAACAAACAAUUUCCGUCUGGCCUACGAGAACUGGUGUUGGUCAACCCAUGCCCCAGACUGGAAAGACGUGUGGGAAAUCGUCUUAGCCGUCGACCGCCCGAAUAUUGGGCUGUGUCUAGACACAUUCCAGAUAGCGGGGAGUGAAUGGGCAGAUCCGACGACGGAAUCUGGUGUUAUGGAAGAGGUGCCGUACGGUGUUUUGCGAGAGAACUUCGCCGCUAGUAUGGAUGAGCUCGCUCACACUGUUCUGCCGGAGAAAAUCUAUCUGCUACAGAUCUCGGAUGCGUAUAGAGUUUCUCCGCCGUUGACGACUGAGCCUAUUGAGGGGCUUAGACCACGCGGUCAGUGGAGUCAUGAUUAUAGGCCUAUGCCGUAUGAUGGUGGUUACUUGCCGAUUGAGGAUGUGGCUAAAGCGGUGUUGAAAACUGGAUUUCGUGGGUGGUUCUCUAUGGAAAUCUUUGAUUCCGGACCAGAUGGUACGGGAAAGAAGUAUGAUAUGGAAGCUUAUGCGAAGAAGGCGAUGGAGAGUAUGCAGAAGUUGUUGGUGAAUUGCACGGAUGAGUGA